AUGGAAGACUCAGUCGAGAAUCCCUCCGAUGUUUCAAAGAACACCUCGAUCGACUCCCUAGAGAGUACAGGCCUUUCGCGGCCCGCUGUCGCCGACAUCGACGACGGAAUCCCCGAGCAAGGCGAAACACUGGACGCCCGCUCCGAAUAUACCACCAGUCAGGACGAUGGUACCGCCGAGCAUCGUAUCAACCAGUAUAUAAUUAGACAAGAGAUUGGUCGGGGGUCUUUCGGAGCUGUUCACCUCGCCGCGGACCAAUUUGGCAAUGAAUAUGCCGUGAAAGAAUUCUCAAAGUCCCGACUGCGGAAACGCGCACAAUCGCAUCUUCUGCGACGGCCUCGAGGACCCCGUCGCCCGGGCACUGGAUUUAACUCUCCGCUUCAUCGCCAUCCGUCCGAGGACGAUAAUGAGAACGCGAAGAACCCGCUCUACCUGAUCAAGGAAGAGAUUGCCAUCAUGAAGAAAUUGAAUCACAAUAACUUGGUCUCGCUGAUCGAGGUACUGGAUGAUCCGACCGAGGACUCGCUAUACAUGGUCAUGGAAAUGUGUAAGAAGGGCGUCGUCAUGAAAGUGGGGUUGGAAGAGCGAGCUGACCCAUACGACGACGAGCAUUGCCGCUGUUGGUUUCGCGAUCUAAUGCUGGGUAUUGAAUAUCUUCAUGCGCAGGGUAUUGUGCAUCGAGAUAUUAAACCCGAUAACUGCUUGGUGACUAGCGAUGAUGUACUCAAGGUGGUCGAUUUCGGCGUGUCGGAAAUGUUUGCCAAGGAGUCGGAUAUGUUCACGGCUAAGUCUGCUGGAUCACCUGCUUUUCUCCCGCCAGAGCUGUGUGUAGUGAAGCACGGCGAUGUCUCCGGCAAGGCAGCGGAUAUCUGGUCCAUGGGAGUCACUUUGUACUGUCUUCGGUAUGGGCGCUUGCCAUUUGAACAGCAGAGUAUAUUCGAGCUGUAUGAGAGUAUUCGCAGUGACGAGGUGGUAUGUGAGGAUGAACAAGAUGAGCAGUUCAAGGAUUUGAUGGCCCGGCUCUUGGAGAAAGAUCCCGCGAAGCGCAUCAGAAUGAGGGAUUUACGGACACAUCCCUGGGUCACCUUGAAUGGGACCAAUCCUCUUCUCUCGAAGGAGGAGAACACUGCUCAGAUGAUCGAGCCCCCAACCGAAGAGGAGAUGAACAUGGCUAUUACAGGAAACUUUGGCCGCCUUAUGACAGUGAUGAAAGCAGUCAAGAAUUUCAAGCGGCUUGUCGACCCAGCCAAGGGAGGAGCAGGGCCGACCAUGCAAAGUAUUCUAGGUGGCGAUGCUCAAUUCGUUGCCCCGCCUAUGGAAAUGGACGAGAGUGAGGACUUCCCAGAAGUUGGACUUGGUCAAGGUCACGGUAGUCAUGGCUUGAACGCAGGCGUCCGAAGGUUCUUGGGCAGAUCUCCCAUGUCUGCCUUGCGCCGAGACCACUCCGGUCCCAAACCCUGGGCCAGCGACUCAGCUAGCAUGUCUUCCCGACCAGAAUACAGCCCUGCGAGUAGCCGUUUGCCUAGCGGGGUCUUCGAACAGGAACGGAGAGAAUCCGGCUCUAUACGCAGCGGUCGGUCAGGGAGAGCGGAUGAACGAUCUCAGUCCCCAAAAUUUCCACUCUCUAGAGCCAGCUCGGCAACCACCAAGCGCAGCAUAGAGGGGACAAGAGGACACGCCCGAGACCCAUUGGAGGAAAACUGGUCAUAUCUAUCUAUUGGACCGUCAACAUACACCGGCACAUCGCAGACAAAAGAGUUUUCCGUCAGCGAUCCAGUCCCGAUAUUUGCAGAGCCAGACAGCACAGAAGACAUCGACCUACCAGCUGUCGACGACCCUGUAAUCGUCAGCGAAUCCCCCGGCGCAGCAGACUUUGACAUCUACGAAACCGCAUAUGGCAAAGAACUAGAGCGCAUCCGAUCAGAAACCACCCAACCCAGCGCUGGCGCUGGUGCCGGUUCUGGUACUGAUGAAGGUGCAGUUGCCGGACCAAAGGUCUACCUAACACGCCGCGUGGAAGGUAGAGACGAAGUGAUGAAGUUCGUGAAAGACAAAACCCUGAAUCUACAAGUCGGGCAGAAAUUCAGCUCGCCCAUUCGCGGGCCGUCGACGGCAUUCGGCGCUGCGGCGAGUAUGCUUCGCAAUCAGAUUCAGCAGCAGAAAGAACAGGCUGGGCGUGAAGAACAGAGGCAGGCUUCGGAGCACAAUCAGGCCCACCAGCAGGAAAGAAGAGGAUCGCAUCCGUAUUCGUCUGCUUCUAUACCCGAACCCGAACCCUCGGCCCUCGAGGCAACGGGUACACACACAGAUGCGCCGGCGGGUGAGUCCACGGUUAAGUUGAGGCGGCUUCUUAAUAGGGCGCGGGAUAAAUCUGGGGAGUGA